GGUACGCGCUUGGUGCUACGGCGCAUUUGCCAGUAUCAACGGUCUGCGUUUAUCGACUAUCAUGUAUACUGUGGCAAAUGCGAUCCAUUGACUUCAGACGCAAGAAUUUCCGUGGCUUUUUCAUUAAACGCUACCAUCUUCAACUAUGAUGGACGUGCAGAACCAGUUCAAAGUGACGCCUGCAACCGGCGAUGAUUGUAAGAAUCAAACACCACCAACUUUGCUUUCGAGUUUAAGAAGCGUCCUUUUCGUAAUCGGAACCGUAGUGAUCGGGUUUGCUGCGUUCUGCAACUCGUUAACAUGGCAUUUACAAAGAUUUUGGGGAGCCUCUGGAGAUUUCUGGCAAGCGCAAUGGGACAAAAUCUUAGACAAAUUAGGAGACGAUCCUGUCACGCUUUGGGUUCAUGGCUCAUUGGGACUAAUGUUCUUCGUAUAUUGGUUCUUCGGUGGGAUUUACACGAUUCUAGACAUAACUAAUCGACCGGCUGCUUUGCGGAGAUACAAAAUACAACCGGGUACGAACGAACCAGUCGACACGAGGGAAUUGUGCAAAGUAAUCGCUCAAGUACUAUUCAAUCAGAUCAUUGUUGGAGUUCCUCUAGCGUGCGUCAGUUAUCACUUUAUGGAAUGGCGCGGUUAUCCGCCUGUACGCGAAUUGCCGACCUUCCACUGGGUGCUCGUUGAAAUCGCCAUCCACAUAUUAUGCGAGGAAAUUGGAUUUUAUUACUCACAUAGAUUUCUGCAUAGCCGUUAUCUCUAUAAGUAUAUACAUAAACAGCACCACGAAUGGACGGCCCCUAUAGCUGUAACAUCGCUAUAUUGUCAUCCUUUAGAACACAUUGGCUCAAAUCUAUUACCACCGUUUUUGGGAGUAUUCAUCGUAGGUUCUCAUGUGGCUACUGCUUGGCUUUGGUUCUCGCUUGCUAUUCUCUCUACAUUAAAUGCUCAUUCUGGUUACCACCUACCGUUCUUUCCAUCUCCAGAAGCUCACGAUUUUCACCACUUAAAAUUUAAUCAAUGCUUUGGAGUUUUGGGAGUAUUGGAUCGAAUUCACGGAACAGAUACGCAAUUUCGUAAUUCCAGAGCUUAUCAACGUCAUGUAAUGAUGCUUAGCUUGGUUCCUCCAAGAGAAGCUUUCCCGGAUGAAGUGAAGUAUAAAUCUAAGUAGAAUGUUUUAUCGAACAUCGUGAUUAAAUAUGAAAGUUCAGUACAAGAAUAUGUUUAAUAUGGAAAUGCAGUAUAAAUACUUCUACAUUUGUAGUAUUUUUCUGUUUCUUUCUUCUUAUUUUAUUAAUUUUCGUGGAGAACAAUCGAUGAAUUAAAUUUAAUUAACAAGAUAUAGUAGAAGUUAAAAUUUUUUAAUGUUUAUCGUUCGUCAACUAAGUACUUUUUUCUUUAUGUAGAAACUGCAUAUUUUUCAUUAUUAUCAGUUUGUAAACAGUUUCAAUUACUACAAACUUUACAAUGGUGCGAUUGUAAUAUUAUUAUUAUUAAACAAUUUAUCCGCGUAAACAAUUUUUUUGUAUGAAAACACGACAAAUGUAACUUUCUGAGAGUAUUUAUAACGAAUACUUUCAGAUGUAAAAAUGAUCGUUCUAAAAUUAUAACGAAAAGAAUUUUACCAUAACUUUAAUGGGCGAAUUUUAGAUUAUUAGAAUAUCUUUUUUACGACAAAUACAUUGUUGGGAAAUUUAGAAAGAUACUGAGUAUUUCAUCUGGAUAUUACCCUGUUAAUAAUUACAUGACAUAGCAAUAUUCUGAGAACAUCUACUUAACAAAAUUAUAUUUAUAUUGAAAUUACAACAUUAAGAUAAAGCUAUUUGUGACAAUUACUAUUUUUAUAUUUAAUUCAAUAAUAAAAGCAAUAAAUAUUUAAUCUAAGAUGAAA